AAAAGCGACACAACAUGACAAUGUCAUUUUGAACCUCGUCUUGGGGUCAUGGUUUUUAUAUUAUUUUUAUUUUAAUAGUUAUAAGCUAAAUUUCGGUCAAAAUGGAGCCCAAAACAUGUCCAGAAAUAUGCCCAGCUAAUGCCGUGCCUCAACAGCCAAAAGAAUAUCUAAAAGCGGGUCAAUCUCGGGGCCCAGAGAACCCUCAUGCUUCCCCGUACGUUCCAGGCAUGAUCAAGCCGCCAGAACCGAAGGUAUAUCCACCAGAUGCCCCGCCCAGGUACCUUCCACAACCGACUGACAGCACCAGUGGCGAUAUCCUUGGAAUGGGCCCUAUUGGUCCGUGGGCUGCAGGCCAUCUCGAUUGGACUCCACAUGCCGGAACAACUGGAGUACGACCAGUAGUAGAUAAGUAUUCCAUUACCAGAUAUUCCACCGGAGAAUGGAGACAACACAAUCAAUUCAUGUUAACUCCCAGAGCCACAGAUAAAGCUAAAAAUGCUGAAAUAUCUUUUAGGAGAGAAAUUAAAGCAACUAAUGAAAAUUUAGAUAGGAAACAGGAUGAAACCAAUAAAAAUUUAGGAAAAAGAGUCAAAGAUUUAAGUUAUUGGAAAAAACAAGUAGAAAAGACCUUACAGGCCAUGGAUGAUGAGAUAGAGGCCUUAGAUGAGAAUAGAAGAAAGCUGAAAAGCGCUUGUAGGAUUUUAAAUUUACCUGAAGCCAUAUCUAAAGAAUGUUUGGAGUUACGCACUAACAGAUAUGAACCAGAUUUAGUUAGAGAUGACGCUGAGCAAGAAUUAAUUAAAGAAGUCGCGAUUGUUGGCGAGAUUAGAAGGGUGUUUAAUAAUACUUUAGCCAAAGUCGAAGAGCAGAUGGCUAAUAAUAGGGCAGCAAAAGCUGCAAUUGAACAAGACUGGAAUGAUAAAAUGUUAUGUUUGAAAAUAGAUAAACAAAAUUUGAGUAUGACUCCUGAAUCUCCUUUGCUUUUGUAUCACCCGGGCGUUGCACGGUGGCCAGAGAAUGCAAGUAACUUGGAAUAUUGGUUACAUUGGUGCAGCGAAAGUAUAAAAAAUUGUGACGAAGUUAGGCAAAAAUCUGAGAAUUUACGCGGAGAUUUGAUGACUGCAAUAGUCAAAGGUAGUCAAGAUAUGAAAAUACAAGCUGAUAGAACGAACAUGGCACUGGCAGAAACCGUCGCCGCUACAGAAGAGUUAUGUGAAAAACUGGAAGAGACUUUGAAAGAUAAUCUCCAGACUAUUGCAAAUGUAGAAAAAUUGCUUGAACAUCUCAAAGAUGAGCUGAGGAAAUUAGGUGAGAGGACAAAGUUGAAUAUGACCCGUCUUCACAGUCGGAACUUCGACAGACCUAAUGCUGAAAAUUGCAGAGAUGAAGCGCAAUAUGCACUAAUGUCAGAAGCGAAGUUGUUGAAAGAAUCUAUUGACGCUUAUAACGAUAAAGUGAGAGAAUCUGAGGCUAUCAGAUCAGAGUUGAUGAAGUAUAGAGGGGAGUUGGAGAAGGAGAUAGCUUGCAAGAGGAAGAGUCUGAACAUUGAUCAGGAUCGACUGGCUAGAGUUCGGGCUCACAUGCCGACCCCCGAAGAAUUCGCUGCUGCCUAAAUUAUGGUUGACCUUUACUAUGUUCUGUUUUAUAUCCAUUUUGAUUGUGAUAUUUACGAUUCAGAUGAUAUAAAUAAAGAGAUAAUUAUUUU